CACGCGCUCUUGACAUCAAUCAGUUUGACAACUUCUUCCCGCCGAAAACGCGAGGUACAGGUGUAGCGUUGUCGUGGCGUUCGGUAGAUUCGCGAAGUGACGCUCCCCUCGCGUCGCGUGCGAGUUCGCGCUUGUAAAAUUCGUCGAACGUGCAAUCGGCACGUCGAUGCCACUUGCAUCAUAGCUCACCGUGUGUCUUCGUCGUUUCUUAUCUAAUCAAACCCACUCGUCUUGUCGUUCGCUUUUAUCCAUCCAGUCCAGCUCUUGAUCCGAAUCCAUACGGAUCUCCGCAUAUACGUAAGAAGUUUCCGUGCCCGCAUCUGCGCCUCUGUUCGAUAUGGACGACAAUUUUAUGGACACGUUGGAGGAGAACGAGGGGCUGUCGGAGGAUGUGAAGGAAAAAUUGUCGAGCAUGUUCGAAAAGUACCAGCAGCUGUCCGAUGAAGAAAAGGAGAAGUUUCAUAAGGGCGCUUACGACGUACUGACCAAGUCUGUUAAUGAAUUAACUAACAAUUCAAUUUUGCCCACGUGGCUCGUCCCGUACCAAUCUUACAUCCUAUUUAUCUUCGCGAUGUCGAUUGUGGCCUUUCUACUAGUUAUUGUUGUUCGCAAAUUGUACAGUAGUACCAAGGAACGAGAGAAUCGCAAAGAGGCGAAGAGACGACUCAAGGAACAAAAGGCAAAAAAGAAAAGGAACUGACAUUUUGCACGAGUCAAGAAACACGAUCAUUUAUGCACUCUAAUGAAAAAAAAGAUCUUUGUUAAUGAAACCCAACAAAUUUUUAUAAUAAAUUCAAGUAUGAUGUCUACUGCCGUGUUCAUAAAUAAAUUUUUAUAUGUCCAGCGCACUGAAAAAUUAAAA